AUGGACAAGCUGAGUGAUGCCCAGCGCGAGCUCUUCCGAUCUGGAGGAUCACUCGCAGACUAUGACAUCGUCAAACCAAUUGGGAAAGGCAAGUUCUCGGUCGUAUACCGCGCCAAGAGGCGGUGCGACGAAGUCCUCGUCGCGUUGAAGAAGGUCAACAUAUUCAACCUGAUGGACGUCAAGGCCCGCGAAAAGACGCUCAAGGAAGUGCGGCUUGUGCAGUCUGUGCACCACCCCAACAUCAUUCAGUACCUGGAUGCGUUCAUCGGACAAGACGACGAACUCUGCAUCGCGUUUGAGUGGGCCGAAGCCGGGGAUCUCAAGCGUCAGAUUCGGAAAGCGAACGAGAAGCAUGCUCGUUUCGACGAACACACGAUCUGGACGUACUUUGGCCAGAUAUGUGCUGCCAUUCACCAUAUGCAUGCCCAUCGGAUCAUGCAUCGUGACAUUAAACCAGCCAACAUCUUCUUGACGCUGUCCGGGGCAGUCAAAGUUGGCGACUUGGGGUUGGGACGAUAUUUGAGCGAAAACACCAUGGAAGCACACUCGAAGGUCGGUACACCGCUGUACAUGUCACCAGAGGUGUUGCGCGGCGACGGCUACGACUGGAAAUGCGACGUCUGGAGUUUGGGUUGCAUCUUGUACGAGCUCGCGAUGCUGCGAUCGCCGUUCAAGUCGGAAGGUCUCAACUUGUACGGCCUCUUCCAAAAGGUGAACAAGGGCGAGUACGACCCCAUAUCAGACGUGUACAGCACGACGCUUCGGUCCCUCGUCGCGCACAUGCUAUCUCUCAACUCCAACGAUCGACCCACUCUGGCGCAUCUGUGCCGCAUUGCCGCCACCAACGUCGAACCCACUGAUACCGUCCCACGAGACCGCCCGAUCUCGUCCUCUUCCAACAACCAGUUCACUACCGACAGAAACGCGAUCAACAGUCGGGAGACCACACCUGGCACGCCCUCGACAAUCGAGGCAUCGGGAGGAUCCAAUAAAAACGAGUCGACGGUCGACAUGAGCCGCGCGUUUGCCAUGAGUGAGCUAGCUCACGACAAACUUGUCCUGCUGGGCUAUCCCUUCCACUUCUCGAUCUUUAUGAUGAUCGUGCAUUGGCUUCUGCAGCGUAUUAUUCCCCAAAUUCCGACGGACGUGGACCUCGCGGACGACAUGGUUCCACCUCUGACGAAGGCCUCGGCUGUUCUCGUGGCUGUUGGUCUGGCCGGGGUGGACACACAAGCCAUGACGCCGUCCGCACUCAUCGGCGGCUUUGGGGCAGACGUGUGCACCUUGCUUCAUGGAGUGUGCGAUGCAGUAUUGAAUGCUCAUCGGCCACUCAAAUGCGUCAUGCGACCGUCGAGUGCUGACGACGUUUCCAUGAACAAACACGACGGUGACAGCGUGGAAUGGGUGGAUGAUGCCGCAACACAAUCCAACGACAUGGACGAUGGCACGAACGAUGACGACCACUUUGUCGAGACCAUUCGCCAUGAGCCCGAAGCUCUGUUGGUUCACGCCCCCUUUCAUCCUCUUAGCCCCACUCCCAUCAACGCAACGCUGUGGAGAGCUGAAAUACAACGCAAUGUUCCAACGAUUCGCGCCAACUCGGCCGCGUCACGGUAUGACGGGAGCCCUUGGAGGUAUCGAUACGAGCAAUGGAAGUCGGAGGGAGACGUCAUUGUAACCGGGGCGGCAGACGCGUCCACCCGACUGAAGACCCUCGUGGCCACACUCGCAAAAGACCGCGAAGUGAUUGCACUCAAGGAAAGCCAGCUCAAUGGAACGACCGCGUGUACAACUUGGAGAGACCAAUAUCAUGUGCGAAAAGUCCACCAAACGCAUUUGGAAGGGGUCCUGCGGUCGCUGGAGGGCACCCGAGUCGCCCUCUUUGAAUCCUUCCAUGUCACGUCAACCGCCUUGACCACCACGAAAGCAGCCGUGGACAGUCAGAGCCACUCAAUCACAGACGCCGCUGUCUUGACGCGACUCCGAGCAGCCGUCGCCACGAUCCGAGCGGAAAACGCUGCUUUCGACAGAACGAUUGCAAUCCUCCAGACUUCACAUCAUGUUCACCCGUCCCGACGAUUUUCGCGCCGCACCCGCGCCACUGUUUCUAACGAUCACGAAGACGACGACGACGCGUUCAGGUGACACGGACUCGUAUUAGAAUUCAAACGCUCCAUAUCCAGAGUUUCCCG